GGGCUCUCCCGUGACGGAUUACGGAGUCGUCCUCAAUAUUGGAGCACCCGUGACGGUGUUGGACUGCGGUGCGUGCACCAUGGACGCCGUGUGCCUCGCUGCGAGGACGAGCAGCAUCAGCGGCUGUGAGUGCGUGUGCGCUGCUGGCGGCUACGGUGACACGUGUCUGCCAGCUGCGGUUCCGGACGGCCUUGGGCCUCUCCCGCUCCCCGAUGCGGACGACACGGAGGUCCGCUGCGUGCACGGUGGCAGCAUCGACUCUUUGGACGUUCCUGAUCCCGGCGUGCGUGGUCUGUGCUUCGUCAACGUGACCUUCACCGCCGCGAUUGUGCUGGACCUGUCACAUUUUGACGCGCCACAACAGACACUCAACAUCACGCUGCUGCAUUGCGUCCUCAGGGGCCUGUCGAUCAAGGGGAGUGGUGCGCGCGUGCACGUGAACGUGGUCGCCUCGAUGAUGGAUUCCGGAGUGUUGGAGUUUGAGGGUGAUUUUGGCGUGAGCUCCCAGAUACUGGUGGUGGGUAGUACGAUUGUGACGACGUCGGGCCAUGCCAUUUUAUUUGUGAAGUUUACUCUCAGUGCUAAUAUGACGCUGCUGCUGCUUGACGACUAUAUCGAGGGGAACUGUUACGCAGUCUAUUUCUCCGUUGCUGUUGUUGUUGAUGGUGGCGGGAUUAUUGUGAAGGGAAAUACGCUGAGCGCAACGAAGGAUGAUGACGGUGUGGAAUCAUCUGUUUGCGUUUACGCUGUUGAUGUGAAGAACGGAGGCUACUUUGACGUGGAGAACAACACGAUGAGCGCGGUCAAUGGCGUUAUUCUUUUUGGGGAUACCACCGUGAGCUCCGCGGGGCUGCUGCGAGUGGCGGACUGCACCUUCUUUGGUGGGACGGAAAUUUUUGAUCCCGCGCUGGUGUAUUUGUCUGGCUCUGUGACACUCGAGGGCGGUGCGCAGUGGCGUGUGGAGGGCAACAGCGUGGGUGCAGCCUCAGUAUUAACUAUUCCGUAUCCCCAGUACAAAA